CAACAGCGGCGCAUGCGUGAAACAGAUUUUUCUCCUGGCCAGCAGGUGGCGCUACCAUUAGCUAGCAUUAUUCGUUCUGCUACAUGUGACAUUGACUUAAACAGAGGCACAAUGAGGCUGACCGCUCUCCUGUCGAUGGCAGCCAAGGUUGUUGUGCCCAAAGAUUACCGCUUCGGAACCAACAGACCGUGGACGGAGGCAGCUAAAAGGCGAAACCCACCAGGAAAGAAGAGGAGGAAGGUGUUUGUGGAGCCGCUGGGGCCAGAGGACUGGACUAUUCUCAAAGGUGACGUGGUGGAGAUUCUUGCAGGAAAGGACAAAGGAAAGCAAGGAAAGGUGACCCAGGUCUUCAGACACAGAAACUGGGUUAUCCUGAGUGGACUUAAUACACAUUACAAAUACAUUGGAAAAACCCACGAUUACCGUGGAACCUACGUCACCAGCGAGGCUCCUUUGCUGCUGCGUGAUGUGGCCCUCGUGGAUCCAGCAGACAGGAAGCCCACUCAGACCGAGUGGAAGUACACAGAAGAGGGCGAGAGAGUCCGCGUGUCGGUCAGGACAGGCCGGAUUGUCCCUAAGCCUGUUGUAGAGCGGCGGGACGGCAUCGUGCCGCAGCAGUGGAUAGAUGGUCCCAAAGACACCAGUCCUGAGGACACUCUUGAAAAGACAUAUGUUCCAUCUCUGAAAACCCUGGAAGAGGAGGUGAUGGAGAAACUGGGCAUUCGGGAGGACAGGAGGCACCGGAGGUCCUACUGGUACUGAUGAGAGACACCCUGUGUUGGGGACGUCCAGAUCGCACGGAUCUUGUCCUGCCGUGGGUCCGUCUGCAUGUCAAGUUGUUCAUAUAAACUGUGAGGACACCAACAAGGGGAUCGGAGUGAACGUAAAUGUGCUGUUGCAACAUUUAAAGAUCAUUUGUGAACAUCACAAGGAGCUAAAAGUGAACCGGUAACAUAAAUGUUUCCAGAAUAAUUCUGUAUUUUUGUUAUUUUAUUGUGAAAAAUACCACAUUUGAUAUUUUCUCUGUUUAGCUCAAAACAAGUAAAAAGAAAAAAACAAGUUAUUAAAUCACAAAGUGCACAA